CUUUGGUCCCUCUGGCCCCCCGCCUAGCCCGCUGCACCCCUGCGUUAAACCCGCCCACCGUCGCGUCUACUGACUGACGCGCAGACCAAACAACAAACAAACAAACAACACUGAUUCGAUCAAUUGCUGCUGAUCGCCCUGUUCCCCCGAUUAUCGAUAUGCGCCCGUCGCGUGCGGGCCGGCGCGCGGGUCUCAAAGGUACCCAAGGUACCCCCAUCCCAGCUGCACUCCUCUCCAAUGCCUUCAUCAACACCACAAUUCUCCCAUCGUCGAGUACCUGAUCCGUCCAGCCAUCCAUCCCCACGAGCAUUCAUCAUCGCCCACGAACUUCACUGCAACCCCAACACUCGUCCUUUUCGAGCAUCCCCCAGCCCGUCCGCCCCAGACGCGUCUGGUUGCCAUCGCAAUCGCAAACACCCCGGCCUUCCACAACCCCACCUCCCACUUAUCCAUCCAUGCUGUUCUCCCAACCCCAUCGCGAACCUCCUUGGCAUUCUGCACAACACACUCACGGCCGACAAAAAAUCCCUCAACCGCUUGCUCCAUCUCUCCCGCCCCCUCCCGCCGCGGCCCAAUCCACCUCCGCUGUCAUUGAAACACGUCUGUGAUUGGAUAUCCAAAUCUACCGACAUGCACUCACUUGAAACGCUCCUUCGACCGUUUCCCGCUUUCCCAUCCUGCAGAAUUCGAGAGAAACCCAAAGAAAACCAUACUACUCCGCAGAAUCUUCACGGCGGCAAACCUUUGAUUGGUUCCCAGUGA